AUGUACGUCCCCGUCCUUCUGGUCCAUGUACGUCCCCGUCCUUCUGGUCCCUGUCCUUCUGGUCCCUGUCCUUCUGGUCCCUGUCCUUCUGGUCCCUGUCCUUCUGGACCCUGUCCUUCUGGUCCCUGUCCUUCUGGACCCUGUCCUUCUGGUCCCUGUCCUUCUGGUCCCUGUCCUUCUGGUCCCUGUCCUUCUGCUCCCUGUCCUUCUGGUCCCUGUACGUCCCUGUCCUUCUGGUCCCUGUCCUUCUGGUCCGUGUCCUUCUGGUCCGUGUCCUUCUGGUCCCUGUCCUUCUGGUCCGUGUCCUUCUGGUCCGUGUCCUUCUGGUCCCUGUACGUCCCUGUCCUUCUGGUCCCUGUACGUCCCUGUCCUUCUGGUCCCUGUACGUCCCUGUCCUUCUGGUCCGUGUCCUUCUGGUCCGUGUCCUUCUGGUCCGUGUCCUUCUGGUCCCUGUACGUCCCUGUCCUUCUGGUCCCUGUACGUCCCUGUCCUUCUGGUCCCUGUACGUCCCUGUCCUUCUGGUCCGUGUCCUUCUGGUCCGUGUCCUUCUGGUCCGUGUCCUUCUGGUCCGUGUCCUUCUGGUCCGUGUCCUUCUGGUCCGUGUCCUUCUGGUCCCUGUACGUCCCUGUCCUUCUGGUCCCUGUACGUCCCUGUCCUUCUGGUCCCUGUACGUCCCUGUCCUUCUGGUCCGUGUCCUUCUGGUCCGUGUCCUUCUGGUCCGUGUCCUUCUGGUCCGUGUCCUUCUGGUCCCUGUACGUCCCUGUCCUUCUGGUCCGUGUCCUUCUGGUCCGUGUCCUUCUGGUCCCUGUACGUCCCUGUCCUUCUGGUCCCUGUACGUCCCUGUCCUUCUGGUCCCUGUACGUCCCUGUCCUUCUGGUCCCUGUACGUCCCUGUCCUUCUGGUCCCUGUACGUCCCUGUCCUUCUGGUCCGUGUCCUUCUGGUCCGUGUCCUUCUGGUCCGUGUCCUUCUGGUCCGUGUCCUUCUGGUCCGUGUCCUUCUGGUCCGUGUCCUUCUGGUCCGUGUCCUUCUGGUCCGUGUCCUUCUGGUCCGUGUCCUUCUGGUCCGUGUCCUUCUGGUCCGUGUCCUUCUGGUCCGUGUCCUUCUGGUCCGUGUCCUUCUGGUCCGUGUCCUUCUGGUCCGUGUCCUUCUGGUCCGUGUCCUUCUGGUCCCUGUACGUCCCUGUCCUUCUGGUCCCUGUACGUCCCUGUCCUUCUGGUCCCUGUACGUCCCUGUCCUUCUGGUCCCUGUCCUUCUGGUCCCUGUCCUUCCGGUCCCUGUCCUUCCGGUCCCUGUCCUUCCGGUCCCUGUACGUCCCUGUCCUUCUGGUCCCUGUACGUCCCUGUCCUUCUGGUCCCUGUCCUUCUGGUCCCUGUCCUUCUGGUCCCUGUCCUUCUGGUCCCUGUCCUUCUGGUCCCUGUCCUUCUGGUCCCUGUCCUUCUGGUCCCUGUCCUUCUGGUCCCUGUCCUUCUGGUCCCUGUCCUUCUGGUCCGUGUCCUUCUGGUCCGUGUCCUUCUGGUCCGUGUCCUUCUGGUCCGUGUCCUUCUGGUCCGUGUCCUUCUGGUCCGUGUCCUUCUGGUCCGUGUCCUUCUGGUCCGUGUCCUUCUGGUCCGUGUCCUUCUGGUCCGUGUCCUUCUGGUCCCUGUCCUUCUGGUCCGUGUCCUUCUGGUCCGUGUCCUUCUGGUCCGUGUCCUUCUGGUCCGUGUCCUUCUGGUCCCUGUCCUUCUGGUCCCUGUACGUCCCUGUCCUUCUGGUCCCUGUCCUUCUGGUCCCUGUCCUUCCGGUCCCUGUCCUUCCGGUCCCUGUCCUUCCGGUCCCUGUACGUCCCUGUCCUUCUGGUCCCUGUACGUCCCUGUCCUUCUGGUCCCUGUCCUUCUGGUCCCUGUCCUUCUGGUCCCUGUCCUUCUGGUCCCUGUCCUUCUGGUCCCUGUCCUUCUGGUCCCUGUCCUUCUGGUCCCUGUCCUUCUGGUCCCUGUCCUUCUGGUCCGUGUCCUUCUGGUCCGUGUCCUUCUGGUCCGUGUCCUUCUGGUCCGUGUCCUUCUGGUCCGUGUCCUUCUGGUCCGUGUCCUUCUGGUCCGUGUCCUUCUGGUCCGUGUCCUUCUGGUCCGUGUCCUUCUGGUCCGUGUCCUUCUGGUCCCUGUCCUUCUGGUCCGUGUCCUUCUGGUCCGUGUCCUUCUGGUCCGUGUCCUUCUGGUCCGUGUCCUUCUGGUCCCUGUCCUUCUGGUCCCUGUACGUCCGUGUCCUUCUGGUCCGUGUCCUUCUGGUCCGUGUCCUUCUGGUCCGUGUCCUUCUGGUCCGUGUCCUUCUGGUCCGUGUCCUUCUGGUCCGUGUCCUUCUGGUCCGUGUCCUUCUGGUCCCUGUCCUUCUGGUCCGUGUCCUUCUGGUCCCUGUCCUUCUGGUCCCUGUCCUUCUGGUCCCUGUCCUUCUGGUCCCUGUCCUUCUGGUCCCUGUCCUUCUGGUCCCUGUCCUUCUGGUCCCUGUCCUUCUGGUCCCUGUCCUUCUGGUCCCUGUCCUUCUGGUCCCUGUCCUUCUGGUCCCUGUCCUUCUGGUCCCUGUCCUUCUGGUCCCUGUCCUUCUGGUCCCUGUCCUUCUGGUCCCUGUCCUUCUGGUCCCUGUCCUUCUGGUCCCUGUCCUUCUGGUCCCUGUCCUUCUGGUCCCUGUCCUUCUGGUCCCUGUCCUUCUGGUCCCUGUCCUUCUGGUCCCUGUCCUUCUGGUCCCUGUCCUUCUGGUCCCUGUCCUUCUGGUCCCUGUCCUUCUGGUCCCUGUCCUUCUGGUCCCUGUCCUUCUGGUCCCUGUCCUUCUGGUCCCUGUCCUUCUGGUCCCUGUCCUUCUGGUCCCUGUCCUUCUGGUCCCUGUCCUUCUGGUCCCUGUCCUUCUGGUCCCUGUCCUUCUGGUCCCUGUCCUUCUGGUCCCUGUCCUUCUGGUCCCUGUCCUUCUGGUCCCUGUCCUUCCGGUCCCUGUACGUCCCUGUCCUUCUGGUCCCUGUCCUUCUGGUCCCUGUACGUCCGUGUCCUUCUGGUCCCUGUCCUUCUGGUCCGUGUCCUUCUGGUCCGUGUCCUUCUGGUCCGUGUCCUUCUGGUCCGUGUCCUUCUGGUCCCUGUCCUUCUGGUCCCUGUUCUUAAUAUUUUGUACACUGUGUAUGUUGCCCUAAGAGUUUCAUAAAGUUGGUAGAAUUGUAUUCUAAAUGAUUCACAGCUGUAAUGACUGCCAAAGGUGCUUCCACCACAUCCUCCAGUGAUUUUCUAACGUUUUCUGUUGCAAAGCCAUAUCCCAAAUAUAAAUACAGUAAGGUACACACUAAUGGGUCAAAACAAAUAGUGCUUUUUAGACACAACUGCAAACAUCAAGGAGUAGGGCAUUUAAGGACUUGGUCUGAUGGGAAUGAUGUCAUCGGCCUCCCCCGUUGCUUGAGGAACGAUAGAGGCGCAAUAGGCACACCCCCCUACUUGUGCUAUGUCAUGACAUACCUGGACUACCUAUUGUUAAAGGGGAAUUUCAUCCUGGGCGAAUCUGGGCUUGUUUUCAUCAUGUCCGAGGCAUUUCUAGGACGGUGAGAUGUGUUUCACACAAUGCCCAGGAGGAAGGCAGGUCUGGGUGAUACACCCUAUGCCGUCUUCCGGUGUAUUGAUGAAGGAGGUCUGACAAUACAUGUAGUCCUGCUUUGUGGCAUUUCACGAUGGCUCUGUUACACCAGAUAAUCAUUCACAAGCAUUUCGCUACACCCGCAGUAACAUCUGCUGAAUAUUUGUAUGUGACCAAUAAAAUGUGAUUUUGAUUUUGUGAUACUGACCACACUAUACGUUUUUGUGGGUGUAGAUAUGGUUGUCCUUGUUCGAUAGAGCCAUUGGGCGUCAUUCAGCGACGCUCCUAUCAGCAGAUUCGUUGCUAAUUAUAUAAGCUGACACUUUUUUUCCCAGUCUCUCAUGUGGGGCGGUGCUUUGUGCUCUGGCCCCGUCCUUCCCCCAAGGCAGGCACACACAAGUUAUAACAUUACAACCAGCCGCCUAAAUCUAGGUGUACCAGCAAACGUUAGCACAUGACUGGCGUUGGCUAGCUAGUUAGCCUGGUGCCUGCUAACUGGUUACUAUACGCCAGGCCUCCUGCUUGUAACUUUUUAGGGAGUGAUGUCAUCAUUUCCUCAAUCAAAGUUUGUACCGACAGAUGUAGCCUAUUGAAUUACAGGGCUCUCCAACCCUGUUCCUGUAGUACUACCGUCCUGUAGGGUUUCUCUCCAACCCUGUUCCUGUAGUACUACCGUCCUGUAGGGUUUCACUCCAACCCUGUUCCUGGAGUACUACCGUCCUGUAGGGUUUCACUCCAACCCUGUUCCUGGAGUACUACCAUCCUGUAGGGUUUCACUCCAACCCUGUUCCUGGAGUACUACCGUCCUGUAGGGUUUCACUCCAACCCUGUUCCUGUAGUACUACCGUCCUGUAGGGUUUCUCUCCAACCCUGUUCCUGUAGUACUACCGUCCUGUAGGGUUUCACUCCAACCCUGUUCCUGGAGUACUACCGUCCUGUAGGGUUUCAUUCCAACCCUGUUCCUGGAGUACUACCGUCCUGUAGGGUUUCACUCCAACCCUGUUCCUGUAGUACUACCGUCCUGUAGGGUUUCACUCCAACCCUGUUCCUGGAGUACUACCGUCCUGUAGGGUUUACACUCCAACCCUGUUCCUGGAGUACUACCGUCCUGUAGGGUUUCACUCCAACCCUGUUCCUGUAGUACUACCGUCCUGUAGGGUUUCACUCCAACCCUGUUCCUGGAGUACUACCGUCCUGUAGGGUUUCACUCCAACCCUGUUCCUGUAGUACUACCGUCCUGCAGGGUUUCACUCCAACCCUGUUCCUGGAGUACUACCGUCCCGUAGGGUUUCACUCCAACCCUGUUCCUGGAGUACUACCGUCCUGUAGGGUUUCACUCCAACCCUGUUCCUGUAGUACUACCGUCCUGUAGGGUUUCACUCCAACCCUGUUCCUGGAGUACUACCGUCCUGUAGGGUUUCACUCCAACCCUGUUCCUGUAGUACUACCGUCCUGUAGGGUUUCACUCCAACCCUGUUCCUGGAGUACUAGCGUCCUGUAGGAUUUCACUCCAACCCUGUUCCUGUAGUACUACCGUCCUGUAGGGUUUCACUCCAACCCUGUUCCUGGAGUACUACCGUCCUGUAGGGUUUCACUCCAACCCUGUUCCUGGAGUACUACCGUCCUGUAGGGUUUCACUCCAACCCUGUUCCUGGAGUACUACCGUCCUGUAGGGUUUCACUCCAACCUUGUUCCUGGAGUACUACCGUCCUGUAGGGUUUCACUCCAACCCUGUUCCUGGAGUACUACCGUCCUGUAGGGUUUCACUCCAACCCUGUUCCUGGAGUACUACCGUCCUGUAGGGUUUCACUCCAACCCUGUUCCUGGAGUACUACCGUCCUGUAGGGUUUCACUCCAACCCUGUUCCUGUAGUACUACCGUCCUGUAGGGUUUCACUCCAACCCUGUUCCUGUAGUACUACCGUCCUGUAGGGUUUCACUCCAACCCUGUUCCUGGAGUACUACCGUCCUGUAGGGUUUCACUCCAACCCUGUUCCUGGAGUACUACCGUCCUGUAGGGUUUCACUCCAACCCUGUUCC